GCCGGGGGAGAGAGUGGAGGAGUGACUGAGCGGUACAGUCCGUGCUGUGCUGUGAAACUGCGAGUACAGGUGUCUGGCUUCUUCAUAGCCACUAUCAACAAAGUUUGCGUCUCCAAGAGUCUCUUUUGCGAGCGAAUAGCAAAUAUAUCAGCUUGGUCUCAGAUUUUAACCACAAAAGAAUACCGAAGGUGGAAUUGCAAUUGUGCAGAUCCACAAGCAAUGGAGAAGCCAGUGGAGAUUUUUAAAGAAGACAGUUGCUUCCCUGUCUCGUCCGAGGAGUGCUCCACAUGGCUGUCUGGUUAUUUUGACAUAGAUAAUGUCACAGAUGAGCACGGCUGGGCAAAUCAAACCAUGUCGCCUAUCAUUCCCAUCAUUACUGCUGUUUAUUCCGUUGUGUUUGUGGUGGGCUUGGUGGGCAACUGUCUAGUCAUGUAUGUUAUCAUCAGAUACACAAAGAUGAAGACUGCAACCAACAUUUACAUUUUUAAUUUAGCAGUGGCAGAUGCUCUGGUUACCACCACAAUGCCUUUCCAGAGUACCGAUUAUUUGCUCGGAUCAUGGCCUUUUGGAGAAGUGGUCUGCAAAGUGUUUAUAUCAAUCGAUUAUUACAACAUGUUCACCAGUAUAUUCACACUGACCAUGAUGAGCGUUGAUCGGUACAUCGCUGUCUGCCACCCUGUCAAGGCCCUUGAUUUCCGCACUCCAGUAAAGGCAAAGAUGAUCAACAUCUGUAUCUGGAUACUCUCCUCGGCGGCUGGCAUUCCUGCUCUGGUACUGGGAAGCACUCAGACUAAGGAUGGUACUACAGAAUGUGCUUUGCAGUUUCCAGACCCCUACGUAUACUGGGACACUCUAAUGAAGAUCUGUGUUUUUAUUUUCGCCUUUAUUGUGCCUGUGCUCAUCAUCACUGUGUGCUACACCUUAAUGAUACUCCGUCUGAAGAGCGUUCGACUCCUGUCCGGCUCCAGGGAGAAGGAUCGGAAUCUGCGUCGCAUCACAAAACUCGUGCUGGUGGUGGUGGCAGUUUUUAUCAUCUGCUGGACUCCUAUUCACAUUUUCAUCCUCGUCAAAGCCCUCACUAAUGUUCCAGAAACCACCUCUUUGAUGGGAGCCUAUUUUUUCUGUGUGGCCCUUGGAUACACCAACAGUAGCCUCAACCCCAUUCUUUAUGCAUUUCUGGAUGAAAAUUUCAAAAGAUGCUUUAAAGACUUUUGCUGUCCCUCCAAACUAAAGGCAGACCGACAAGGUGGUAACAGGGUGAAGAGUGUAGUGCAAGAUCCCGGCUUGCCCCAGGAAACUGUUGAUGGGACGAAUAAGCCAGUAUGACUAGCAGUGGAGUUAUCCUCCUUCUCCCCCCAUGGAAGAGAAGAUUCAAAUGAUCUUGGGCUAACCCAGGUCACGUCUGCGGUCUGAAUGUUAAAAUGACAAACUUCAUUUAAACCACAAAAGUGGAAUUAUUUUUAGAAGGGUUUCAAUUUAAAGGUUUGAUAUACUUAUUAAUGAAUUAGUGAAUAUUGCCUGAUGCUUCAAAUAUGUUUAAGGUUUGUACGAUUAUCUCAUUAAGGACCAUCAAUACUAAAAAAGCAAAGAUAAAUGAGCACUCACACUGAGAAUGAGGAGUCCAAUUAUUAGUGGUCAAAUUGCACGCAAAAUGCUCAGUUCAAUAAAAUAUCAUGUGGUUAAUUCCUUUAAAAAACUUUUAAAAUAUCUUAAAUGCAUUUCUUAUGGUUCCUCUAAUACAGUACUGAAAAAUUUAUUCAUAUCUUGUUAAUUAAAGUCUGUUAAUCAUGCCUAAAAGACAUUCUGGUAUGCUCUGCCUUGGAUUUCCUUUUGGGGUAUUAUCAUCACAUGUCAACUUUUCAAUCCAUCCCAGACAUCCUCUGAGUGUAUAAAAGAAACUGGGGAGGAAGCUCACACACCUCUCUUGCACCCCAUUUACAGCCCUGCAACAACUCCCUGGCUCAAUACUUACAAUAGUGAAGGGGGGUCUAGGCAGUGUGGCUACACUUACAUUCCCACAGCUAGCCACAUUCACUUUUUCCCCUCAUAGCCCACAGACAAGCUGGUAAGUUAAUUGGCUUCUGGGAAACUUCUCCCUGGUUCAAUUAUGGCCCUAGUGUGAGUGUGAGUGUGAGUUUGUGACUCUCUGCCCUGAAAUGGAUUGGUGUUCCCUUCAGGGAGUACCAAGCCUUGCAUGUGUUGGACAGGCUCUGUAUCCCCGUUGACCCUCAAUUGGAAGAAGCAGUUGGAAAAUGGAUGGAUGGAUAAGUACUCAAAAACUAAAAUGAAUAAAAGUUGAUAUAAAAAGUUGGUAUAAAAAACGUCGAUAUUAGAAUCCCCUCAGAAACCCUUGUAAUAAUGAUUUCUCAAAUGACAAAUAUGUACUAAGAUUGAUGAUGUGAUGUUGUUCAUUAUGACAGAACAUUUCAUUUUGCAAUGAAUGCGCAUGGUGGGAACACAGAAGAACCACUGAACUAUAAAGCAGCACCAUCUCUGUUUGAAAUAAGCAUGCAAAUAAGCAUGUUACAAGUAAAGCAGCUACAUUAACAAGCAGGUAUAAUACGAUUUGGGGGUUUUGAUAUAAAUGAAAUACAGUAAACACAAUUACUCACUGAUAUACCAUUGACACCCUCAUGAACAUAUAGUAAUAUCACACUAUGGGAAAACAUACAAUAUGUAUAUUGUUUCUGGAAAUAUGCAUAGACAAAUAUAAAUUGUUGUCUCACUGCAAAUAAAAAAAUAAUGGGCAUACAUUAUGAUUAAAUUCUAUGUAGUAUAAAUAAAGAGUUUACAAAAUUAAAAAAGGAAAUAUAGGACACCUAUUUCUUGAAAGUGCAUACUUUGUUCUUUACAGGUUAAAUAUUACAAUUCUCAGGGAAUUUUGGCAUAGGUAAAAAUAAAAAAUGACACUUUGCCUUUCAUUUUAAAUGCUGGGGAGAACAAUGUAGUCCAACCUAAUGCUGAGACUUCAAUGAUGGCAUUCUUUGACAUUGCAUCUUGAGUUUUUGGGACAAUGUGCUAAGGAGCUAUUAUUUUUCCCCUAUAUUAACAGGCCACAAGUGCCCUUCUCUGUAAUGUCCAGGAUUUAUCAUACUUUCAGUUCCCAAGUCUGAAAAAAUUGCCAAAGAAUUGAAUUAUUUUAUAACAAAGAGAAGACUGUAAUUCUUUCAGCUGCUAAAUUUAAUUAAAAUUGUACAGAUAUGUAAAACCCUGAAGGUUAACUUGCUGCUUUAUGGUACCAGACAUUAUAUUGACAAUUUUAGAUAGUGUGAUGGUUUUCUGUUAGUGUGCUUUAAAGUAAACAUGAGGUUUUUAAGUAAAUAUUAAUUAUGUUGUAAACAAAUACACUGAUACUGCUUUGACUGUGGUCUGUCAAAAGUGUGAUUAUAUUACCAUUAUGUGUAAGUGCAACAUAGCAUGAUGUCUGAAAGAGACUUCAUUCACAAGAUUAUAUUUAACUGUAUGAUAAUCCUGGACUAGAAUGUUAACCUGAAAUUUGUCAGAGGGCUUUAAAUCACGUUUAUACAAAUGUGUCUUAAAAGUCUAUUUUUAAUUGUUAUAUACACUAUCAGGAUAUGGUCAAAUCAGAAAUGUAAAAAAGGGAAUCAUUUAAAAAAAAUGUAUACACUGAUAAUUCACUGAUUCAUUUCUGACUUUU